UUGGGAUCACCCCCAGGGGUUGGAGGGCUACGGUGUGUGUGUGGCCCUGAGCUGGGAACACCCCGGGGGCCGAGUCUGGGCUCGUCGCCAGAAGAAAGGGGGCCGUUGCUGCCUGAAGCCCCCGGGCCAGGCAGCGUCGCUGGCGGCGUCCCUGCGAACCGGGCCUGCCGCUUCCAGGCGGGGCGGGCGGCGCGUGAAGCAGCCCCCGGGCUGGGGACUGGGCGGCGCCCGGCGCAGGGGCCGUCUCCGUGCUUGAGUGUUGCACACACGCUUCCUGCACCUGCUCUGGGCGUAGCCUCCCCGCAACCUGCGACCGCGUCAGGGCCAGCAGAGCUCGGCUCUCUCGGCGGCAGCAUGUCGGCCAGUGGGGGCUCCAUGCCGCCGCCCCCCAACCCCGCCGCCUACUUCCCCGCGCCCAGGAUCACGCUGCCCGUCGGCUUGGACAUCCUGCGCACCUACUCGGGAGUCUUCAUCUGCCUGGAGAUUCUGUUUGGAGCCCUUGUCUGGAUUUUGGUAGCUGCCUCUCGAGUUCCGCUGCCUCUACUGCAGGGAUGGGUGAUGUUUGUGUCGGUGACGGCUUGUUUUCUGUCCAUCCUCUUCCUGGGCGUGUUCCUUUUUAGUUAUACACACAGAGUGGCUGUGGACUGGAACCAGAUGGAGGAAGCUGCAUUGAAGAUGACGAAAGGAACAUGUCUGAACAUGCAGGAUCUUCAGGAUUUUCUUUUCCAUGCGGCUACUUUUGUCUUUUAUUUUGGAGCCUUUUUAUUGCAAGCAGCAACAACAUCUCUGCAUAAUUAUCGAUGUCCAUCAAAUGCCACCGUGUUGCUAAGCGAUCAAGACUAUAACAUAAGCAUAGCAGCCUCAAUUUUUGCCUUUGCAACAACCAUUUGUUAUGGUUGUAGCACAGCCCUUGCUUUAAGAAGAUGGAAACUAUAGCACCUGAAGAGGUUAAUGGUUCAGCAUUCUAGUUUAGUUUGUGUAAUUGUGUAUAAGAUCAAAUUAAAUGCCACUUGUCUUUCAAACUGUAACGGAAUUCCAAAAGGUUUUUAUGUAUAAACUCUAUUUUAAAAAUGUUAAAAAUGCAGAUAAGCUCAUAUCAGAAUUACUUUAACUGAAAUAAUCUGUGAUUGUUUUUUACUUUUAUUAUAUGCUAAUUAGAAGCAUUAUUCUACUAUCUAUAUUGUAUUAUACAGUUUAGUGAGAAAUAGAUGCAUCAUUAGCAGAAAACUGAAUUUUGGUGCUAAACAAUUAGGAGGGAGGAAGUGGAAGGUAAACAAAUGUUAUAUGCAAAGGUAGCUAAAAGCUACAAGUUGCAAUGCUUAUGGUUAAUUAUUAUUAAAAGCCCCACUCCUGCAAUAAGCUCCAAGUAGGCAGAAUCCUGGGUCUCUGCACAGAUUCAAGCAUCUGCCACACAGUGCUCCUUGCAGGGUGAGGGCCUAGCUUGACUUUUGUGAGAUUGCCUUAAUAUUUUUAAAAGCAAAACUUAAAGAAAAACUAUUUUAGUUUCCUUCCAGUAUAAUCUUGUGAAAUACUUUACAGCCAUUUCUGGCAGUGAUGGUCUGAUCUUUUCUAUAAUUGUGUUGUAUUCCCUAGUAAAUACAAAUUGUUUAGUACUAUUAUUCUGUAGUUUCCUAUAUUCACAGAUUUAGUUCUGUCAAGUCUAUUUAUAUUGCAAAAUGUAAACAGUGCAUUUGUGUUGUGUAUAUCUGUGGUAUGUUUUGGUUUAAAACAAAGUAUUUGCACUGUUUCACCUUGUUGUGGGUACAGUUUUUACUUCAUGUGCUGCAUUUGUGUUGUUUACUGUAUGAGUCAAUGUCGUUUGAAUGGAGUAUUACAGAAUGUUGAAUUCUCUCUGAUCUAAAUUUUUGCAGUGGUUUAUUUGUUGCAUCCUAAAGUCCCAAUCUUGCAAAGGAAUCUUUACAUGGGAAGAUCCUUAUGCCUCUGCAGAGUCUUGCUGAAGUCAGUGGGACACCAUUGGAGCAUAAGGAUCCACCCAGGAAGAUGCUUUUGCACGAAUGCUGAAGUCUGAUCAAGUUUGCUUUGAAUGUCCCAGUUAUGUAAUGAAAUACAUGAGGUACAAAUGCACCAAACUCAACUUAACAAAUGAGUUAUACCGUAUCACUUCCCUCCCCCAUUAUCACUAUUUAGCAGAUUUUUAAAAAAAAUUAAUAUCUUUAGUUCUUGCAAAAGUGCCAAAUUGUUAACUUCAGAGACUGAAGACCCCUUGUCAUCAAUAGAAAAGCAACAAUGUAAGCUUCCUUACAAUGCCCUCCUUGCAUUUGUUCUGUAGAGAUCACUUGCAAGUGGACAGGGCAGUACACUUUCUUGUCUACUCAGGCCUGGUCUAUACCUAGAACUUAGAUUCGUCUAGCUACAUCACCCAGGGCUGUAAAUUCACUCCCUCUGGAGUAUAGUUAGGUCGACCUAACCCCCACUGUAGACUCAGCUA